AUGGCAAAUAACAAUUUAAAUACGUUCGAUGAUCUAAUGGAUAUUGAUGGUACACUCCGUGAGAGCGCAUUUAUGCCUACAUCCGGAGCUAUUUUUCCAGAGGUUUUUGAAGCAUCAAAUUUAUUAUAUGCAAUCGAAUUUAUUCUUUAUAAUAAUACAAAACACAGAAAUAAUGAAACACUAACAGAAGUACAAGCAGAUUUGUUUCAAAUCGUUGAAAACCUACAUAUACAACCGCAAAAGAUGUUUAUGUAUUUACGGCAAAAUUUUGCCAAAUACUUUGAUAUUGACUUAUAUCCUAUUGCUUUUGUUAAUGAAGAAUUUUCUUUAAUUACUGAAAAUAAUGAUGAAAAUAAAAACAAGGCUUUUUUAUUAUUUAAUGAAGACAAUACUGUACGUGGACCAUUAUAUACAAAAAAUGGCAGUGGAACUACUGAAACUGUAUUCUCUGCUAACUAUGAUACUCAAGUAGAUGUUGAUUCAUAUUUGUUUGGGCUUAAUCUAUCGCUAGAUAAUUAUCCUCUCCAACAAGCACAGCCAGCUGCUGGUUGUACGCAAGAAUCGAUUGAAAAUUCAUCGGUCAAUACUAUUUUGACGUCGAGUAAUCAAGUACUUUAUGAUCAUUCCGAGAAAACACAAUCUCGUGUUCUAAUUGACACAGCUUUAUACCAAAUUAGUCGAGUUUUGGACAAACUUCCAGUAUGUCCUGAUACAAUGGAUCAAACCUUACAAACAUUUCUUUUUCAAAUUGUAAAUUUUGAACAAUUGACUCCUGAAGAUUGUAUUUUGGCUUCGGAAGUUAUAAAAACAUGCUUCUCAAAUCUUAUUCAGGCAGUAAAAUCAUCUAAUUCUAAUAAUCAAAAUAAUUCGAAUGGUAAUGCUGAGUCUAUUACACUUCCUAGUGAAGUAAAUCAACAAAAUACAGAAAGUAAUUCAACUAAUCUUGAUGCACACAAUACAUUACAAAAUGAAAUGAAUCCGAUUUUACUUGAUGUUUCAAUACCUGAUCAAUCACUAAACGUAUCAAGAACCUAUGAUCCACCAACAAUGGAUAAACCAUUAAAAAGUCCCUUUCAUCCUCGUACAUUGAAAGAAUAUGCAGCAACUAGCAGUUCUCCUGUUCAAAGCGUUCGUUCUAAACAACGUGAACCAUUACAUAUAGGAGUUCCUCCCGAUGAUGAUACUCAAUUAUAUCUUGCCAUGGAAACUGUUACUGAUACUGAUGAUAAUGAAGCUCAUGUUUCGAAAUUUCUUGUUCCAGACAAAACAAAACUCAAAGAUGAAAACCUAAUAAAUAUGAAUGAUUUAAGAUGUUUAAAUUUCGAUAAAUGCCAUAAAGAUUAUACAUUUAAUAAUGAUACAAAACAACUCUAUGCAAAAAUUAGUUCACAAGAACGAGAUGCUUUACAGAAAGAUAUUCGAAUUCAUAUGUUGAAUUUAUAUCAACGAGGUUCAAUAAAUAGAAAAAUGGUUAAUGAGAAAGGUCUUAAAAGAUGCAAAUUGGCUCUCUGGUUUUGUACCUAUAAAAAUGGAGCUUUCAGCUGUGUUUCUCCAAGAUAUUAUUCUAACGUUAUUGAAGAACGUACACAAGUUAUCAAUAAGACGAUGAAGAAGAGUGUUUCGAAAAGCGAAAAAAAAUCACCCAAAAUUUCUGUUGAUGUACAUUAA